UGCUCAUAAAAUUCUGAGCAAACAGAACGCGAGAAAUAAGCUACAUUUUCGGUGUGGAUCCUUUGCAAUUCCGGUCUAUUUCGUGUACAACAACAAAGUUAUUUAGUUAACCAUUCGCGACGUCGUUUUUGUGAGAACAGUGAGCCCAGGAAAGCGUCUCGUGCACCCAGAUCUUGCCGGUGUUCCGGCAUCCGGAACGUGGGUGAUCUUGAAGAUCGUGAUGGCAAUGGCCGGCUUGUGCGCGUGUGUAAAACACCUCAGCAAAGAGGAGAUCCGGAAGAUGAUUGAAACGUUAGAGAAGCCGGAAGAAUUCAUCAAAGAUGAAAACCUACGGCAGAUGUUCCGUUGCGAGAACGAAUUAGGCCGCACCAAGGGUAACGCGAUCAAGUACUUGGACAUCGUGGAGGAUUCGCUACGGUUUCAAGAAAACCCCCAGCUGCUUGAUGACGAUGCCGUUGAUUUUCUAAUGAAUCUUGAGCCAAAGUUUGAGGACGAGUACGAGAACAUCACCGCGACCGAUCCAGAUGAGGUCAGCCUUCAACGCAAACAGUUUCUGGAACGAGUGCAAAGCGAAUACACCCGGAAACUGGGCGAAGAAGAGCGAUACAAAUUGUUCAAAGAAAAGCUGAAGGCGGCAUACCGUGGGAAGAUCAAGAUCGAGAAAAAUCCAUGAGUGCCUUGCUGCCGUCCCCGCCGUUCCGUGCGCCUGUUGAACUACAAGUCUCCAAAGAACAGAACGAAACAUCCACAGACUGGUUAUUUAUAUUUUGGCAAUGCGGCGGCGGUUUUACUUUAGAUAAGUUUUAACACACCAGUCCUUUUUUUCUCAAGCAAAGAUAAGCGCAAAACUACUUAUUUAAGACGCCUUAAUAAUUUAUAA